AUGCUUUACGAUAUAGAAGACAUAUCCAACUCGCUCACGAUGACGGAAGUGAAAAUACCCAAUCAUAUAAUGCGUUUCAAAAGCGCGGUACUCGGCUGCCGCUACARUUUGGACGGCGAGUCAUUGUACUCGGUGAAAUGGUACAAGGAUGGGCAUGAGUUUUACCGUUAUGUGCCGCGCGAUAAACCGCCAGGACAAGCAUUUCCAUUGCCUGGUGUCAAUGUGGAUGUUCGCAAUUCAACAGAUACAAAAGUGACACUGCGGCGCGUCACACUGAUGUCGACAGGAGUCUACAAAUGCGAAGUUUCCGGUGAAGCACCAGCAUUCAACACAGUUUCCGAAUCCGAGACGAUGACCGUUGUCA